ACAACUAAAAAGCCAAACGGGGGUGGAAAGGACUCCAUCCUGCCCCAGAAUAUGCACUGGCAAAAAUCUUCUGCACCUGAGCCGCCGCUGCCCUUGCCACGUCCCUAUCAAGGUGUCCGUGUCAAAGAGCCAGUAAAGGAGCUCCUGAAGAGAAAGCGUGGCAGUGUUCAGAAUGCAAACGUGGCCACCACAGCAGCAACAACGGUGUUUUUCCCCCAUCAGCCAGUCCCCUCCUAUUCACCCACUGGCCAGAUCUGCACAGAUUUGGACUUUGUCAGUCCUGCAUUACCGGUGAUGGAUGACGGAUCGCUCUGUUCCGGGUGGUUGACACAACCUUCUCCAGCCUCUCUGCAACCUUUGACCCAGUGGGCCACCUACCCAGAUUACAUGUCACAUGAAGCAGUCAGUUGCCCUUAUUCAGCAGACAUGUAUGUCCAGCCCAUGUGCCCUAGUUACACCCUGGUGGGAACUUCUUCGGUGCUGACUUAUGCAUCUCAGCCACUAAUCACAAACUUUGCGGCAAGAUCCACCUCUACGCCAGCUGUUGUGCCUCACCUGGACGGCAUGGACCAGCAAGCUCCUCUGAGCUACUUCCCAUGGACUCAGCCCAUCUCGACGUUACCAGCGGCAUCCCUGCAGUAUCAACCAGCUUCAACUGCCAUCCCCGCACCCCAGUUUCUCCCCCUUCCUAUUUCAGUCACGGAUCUGGUCCCUGAAGAGCUGGAGGACUCAAGGAAGGAGAUGGGCACCCUGACCAUCGAGAAGCUCCUUCUGCAAGACGAAAACAGUGGCGCGUAUGAUCUAAGCAACAGCCUCCCAGUUGAAGGCCUUUAAAACCAGAGUUUCGGCAAACAGGGAUAGUAUGUGAAAUGUCUCAAACCUUUGUGGCUCAAGGGCAAGUCAGCUCUCUCUCUCACUCUCUCUCCUUUGGAUGUUAAAAGUCGAGCUUGUUUUUUGUGUUGCUGGAGCCUCUUUCCAGGGUCUGAAACAUGUUGCAGGGAAAUGCCACUCUCUCUCUCUCAGGGGGCGGGGGGCUUCGGCACCUGUUUUUUGGCACAGAAAUGUAGCAGCCAAGCCCUGCAGUCAGGAAUACCACACAGAGAACAGGGUCCUCCCUUCAGGAUGGAGGCAUGAGGCAUAAAAACAGGGAGACAGUUGCAAGGCAGGCCAAGACAACAAUCUUUCAGCAGAAGUGCAAUCUGGGAAACUCACUGCUCCUUAAUUUCUAUGGGCAGUGCUGGCUCAGCUUCUGCAUUACUCUAGAAAAAAGUCGAAAGGGUUGGAGGAGAAGACUGCCGCCCUGGGCUCCUGCUGGGAGGAAGGGCGGGAUAUAAAUUAAAGAAUAAAUAAAGACACAUUUCCCCUCCCUCUCUCCUUCCCCCCCAGACCCUGGGACAACCGGAUCUGGGAUAGGAGGCAGAUGUGUUCAGUCCCACUGCCCAUGUUUUUUUUCAGUUGUAGCCCUUCCCCCUCACUUACUCAUGGAUUUCUAAGGUGGUGCCUUUCCUGGUGUGCCAUCUCCAUCAUUCCCCUCUCCCAGCCCCUCCCCCAGCUCUGUAGUUGGGGGGACAAAUGGGGACACUGCACCCCCUGCAGAGCUGUGCUUUCCCCUCACCCCAGGAUUUUUUGGGGGAAAUUGUCUUCUUUUUAAUUUGUGACAUAACAGACAAUGACAACUCCAUUUAAAGAAUAGUGGCUUGUUUUAAGAACAGGAGCGAUUUAAGAAUAGGACCCUCUGAAAGAUUCAGUGAAUAAGGCAAUGUGAGCACCCAACUAAAGGCUCAUCUGGAAGAGCCCACAAAAGUUCACUCACUGAAGACUUUCCCUGACUGAGGGUGGAUUUUUCAUGAUCACAAUCGCUCUAGAAUUACUUAAGUGAUCCUGAAAAAAAACCAGUCUGUAUAUUAGUAACAUAACAUUUGAAGAGUUAAUAUUAGAACUUUGUAUUAUGGAUUAA